AUGGAAGAGAACACUGGACUCAAGAGCAGAAUAGAUGAGUUGGAGAAAAAUAGGACAGAUAUUGUUGUCGAGAACGCUGAACUUAGAGCUAGAGUUGUGAAAUUAGAACGGGAUAUAGAUGAACUUAAAAAAGAAUUAGAUCUAAGAAAAAUCAUACUUCUUAAUGAGGAGCCUAUGGUUGAAUAUCGACCAUCUUUUAUGGAAGGAUUAGAAAUUGAUGCCUUUUUCCGACAUCAUCGAAUUGCAUUGGAGAAACUUUACUUCCCAUACUCUAAUACACAAACUGCACUUUCUCUGAAAGAUUUACCAUACUACAAAAAUAGCCACUCUGUGACUGCCUUUGGUAUUACAUAUACUCUGAACCCAUCCCACCCAACACAUACAAAAUUUACUACUCGGCAUAAGCCAGUAUGUCACCUUGUAUCAGCUCCACCGAAAUACCGAAAAUACAAUAUAAGCUAA